AUGGAGCCGGAACCGGCCGGACAGCGCGCGGACGCCGCGGCGCCCCCGCCGCCUUUCGUGCGCGUCGCCCGCUCGCUCUUCCUCGGGAGCGCGCGCGCCGCGGCCGCGCCGGAGCCGCUGGCGCGCGCGGGCGUCACCCUGUGCGUCAACGUCUCGCGCCAGCAGCCCGGCCCGGGCGCGCCCGGCGUUGCCGAGCUGCGCGUGCCCGUGUUCGACGACCCGGCGGAGGACCUGCUGGCGCACCUGGAACCCACCUGCGCCGCCAUGGAGGCCGCGGUGCGCGCCGGCGGCGCCUGCCUCGUCUACUGCAAGAACGGCCGCAGCCGCUCGGCCGCCGUUUGCACCGCCUACCUGAUGCGUCACCGCGGCCUCAGCCUGGAGCGGGCCUUCCGGACGGUGAAGAGCGCCCGCCCAGUGGCCGAGCCCAACCCGGGCUUCUGGUCCCAGCUCCAGAAGUACGAGGAGGCCCUGCAGUCGCGGUCCCUCCUGCCCAAGGAGCCCUCGGGCCCGAGUGAGCCCUAAGCGGUCAGCCCUGGAGGACGACCAGCCAACCCCAAAGCAGGACGCUGGGGGGUCUCCUGCAACCUCGGGGUGGGAAGGCGUAGUUCAUGCACUGACGGGAGGCUGGGUCAUCCGCUCCUGCCUCACGUCCCACGGAGUUUUCAUUUUCUGCAGCUUCCCAAAGCCCUCUGUCCCCGCUUGAUGGUAGUGUAGGGGUGUGUCCGCAGAGAACUGGGGAACCGCUCCUCCUCUGCUUCUCAGGUUUACUAGACAGGGCUUAAUCAGGAGCAUCAAAACCACUCGAGAAAACUUAGCCAGAAAAACAUUUACUACAGAGAGGUGGAGGGCGGGGAGCCAAGGUCAGGAGAUGGGGAAACCACAGGAGUCACGAGGACCUGCCACCUUGACCCUGGCUUCCUUCCACAUUCGGGACUGCCACCAGCUCAGGCCACGGUGGCUUUCCGAAACAGACUCGUAGCUGCUGUGACACAAGGGUGCGGGUUCGAGGCUCUGUAACAGACCACUCAGCUUGGGCUCCCCUGGGGCUCUCAGUGCCCGCACCCACUUCCUACCUUGCUGACCUCCCAGUUUCAGCCAAGGUCAGGCCCAGACCACACUAACCACCCAUGUGUCUGAGCACGUUGAUUACUCUGAUUCAGAGGCACCUCACCUGGGCAUCCUACAGCCUGAAGACUAUACUAGAAAAUUAAUCACCCUCAACACUCCUUAAAUAAGAUAAAGAGGAGAGAGUAAAGGAAAAAAUGGAUAAUACGUGAAUUACAGAUAGUGUAGUCCCUGGUUAACACAUACAAGUGUACACGUAACAAAAUAAUGGAUAGAACACCGAAUUUGGUGUUUGUCAUUUCCCUUGACCCUCAGCCAGUGCCUCAGGCCCUGGUCCUCCUAGUGGGGCGUGCGGAGCCUUCAUCCUGAAGGCCGAGCGUCCUGCCCGCACUGUGCUGAGCCCUCUGUGAUCUCCUGCACAACCCAGGGGUCCUGAGCGGCAUGAGCACAGUACCCCGAGUCCCGGCACAGCGAAGCCCUGCCGCCCCUUCAGAGUCAGGGUCAGGGAGUUUCCGUGAGGUCUGGUAGUUAGGAUUUGGUGUUUUCCCUGCUGAGGCCUAGGGUCAGUCCCUGGUCGGGGAACUAGGAUCCUACGAGCUGCACAGCACUGCACUCCCCCCACCCCCCGCCAAAAAAAAGUGUCAGUCACCAAGCAGAGCAACUCUGAUUUGUGCCUUGAGGACUCUCAACUGGCUAAGUAGGGUCUCAGCGUCCUGUCCCAGGUGUGUCCCAGAUGGAAGCAUCCCACCUGCAGAUGAAGACCUCUGACCAAGCAGAGCCCAAAGGGUAAAGCUGGGGAGCCUGCACUCCAUGGGGGAGGCCCUGGGGUGGUUGUGAAGGGGGCCCCAUCCUCCCCAGCCUUCCUGCUCCUGUUCCUGGUUUGCCAGCACGAUGGCCCCUGGCUCAGAGCACACCCCACCCCCUCCAGGUCAGCACCCAGCCCUGCGCAGCACCACGCAUCAGCAGCGCCCACCUCCAAGAGCCACAGCCCUCGUCAUAACCCGACUUCUGCCACCUUUAUGGAGGGCUCGCCAGCUGCCGCCUACUCCCGACAGGCCCCUCACAGCUCAUGUUGCUUCCCAUCUACCUGUGAACAGCUCCUGCUGUUACCUCCACAUUGCGGGUGAGGCCGCAGUGACUGCAUCUGUGACCUCAGGCAUACUGAGUGGUUUGCCCAGCAGGGAGGUCCGGAGCCAGGACCUGAGCCCAGAUCUUUUCCGUGUGCUUGUGGUGCGCUUGCUGGCAUGCCCCCUCACCUGCUGGCGUGGCCCGGGUGACACAGGCGCACGGAUGUCAGAGACCGGGCCAGACCUUGGUCCCCUAGCUCCAUUCGGAGAACCGGCCAAGUCUGCCUGCCGCCAGAGGCCCAGGGGCAGCACAGCCCCCACCUGAGCCCAUGGGCCUCCUGGAGGUCCUUCCACUGCCGGGUCCGCCCGCUAGCAGACGAGGCCAGGGGCCGGCUCCCCUCCCAGGGCCUGCACACUCGAACAAGGGCAGCCAGUCUGUGCCCACCAGGAGAAGGCUGGGUGCAGGCGCAUCCGCCCACCAAGCCAGCCAGGGCUGGACCAUCCGCAGGCUGGUGUGUGGGGCUUCCCUGGUGGCCCAGUGGUUAAGACUCCACCUUGCAAUGCAAGGGACACUGGUCCAGGAAGAUCCCACAUCCCACAGGGCCACAAAGCCCUGCGCCAGGGAACUGUGGAGGCCUGCGCUUUACAGCCUCUUCUCCACAAGAGAAGCCACCGAAGCGAGCAGCCCGCACACCGCAAGGAAGAGUAGCCCGCACCAGCACGAGUUUGCAGCAACAAAGGCCCA